AUAUUUUAACGUGCUUCACCAAAAUUCCAGUCUGUCGCCACCUUGCUUGGGCCUGUUUCAUACCUGCCUAAACUCUAUUCCGCCUCCUGUUCGUCAUCAAAAUCCAAUCGCCUCUCCGCAUUCGAUUCCUCGCGAGACAAUCUUCACGAAACCAUCUCAAAAUCCAAUCUUUCGGCAAUGGGCCAAUGGCUACCUUCAAAAUUCAAUCUUGCGUCCUCCUCCUCCUCCUCCUCGUCUCCGCCCUAACCCUCUCCUCCGCCGACUCGCCGGGCUCCGAGCAACCCUCCGCCUACGAGAUGCUCGAGAAGUUCGAUUUCCCCAAGGGCAUCCUUCCGGAGGGCGUGCAGAGCUACGAGCUGAAGGGCGACGGGAGCUUCACGGUGUUCCUGGCCGGCGAUUGCAAGUUCAAGGUGGACGGCGGGUACGUGCUCAAGUACGGCAGGAAGAUCACUGGGAAGGUGGAAGCCGGGGCGCUGACCAACCUGAAGGGGGUCAGCGUCAAGAUCCUCUUCGCUUGGUUCAGCAUCGGCAGCGUCGCGCGGAGCGACGCCGCCCUCAACUUCUACGUCGGCCCUCUCUCCGCUUCCUUCCCCGUCUCCAACUUCGAGGAAUGUCCAAGCUGCAGCUGCGGUUUCGACUGCGCCACCGCCGCCGCCGCCCUGUCGGCCGAAUCAUGAGCCCGUUUAAGAUCUCUUGUUUAGAAAAAAAAAAAACAGACGGUGCGGUAAAAAGCAUUUCUUUGAUGGUGAAAAUGAAAUAAAUUCUUGUCAGCAUUGUGAAUUAGAAUCAUGCUUCAGAUCGCCGAAUCCUGUAAAAUUAGU